UACCAUCUCUAGUUCAGGUUUUCUUUUAAUUUUGCGAAAAACAGAAUAGCUAAAAUCAAUUAAACGGAUACGAGUUAAAGUUAAUAAAUUUAGUAAAUUUAUCAUUAUCAACAAACAUACACAAAUGUUGUUUAGCCAACCAAUAAUAAAUUGGUGGCGGCAAGUUUGACAAGUUUGAAGAAGAAAAAGAAUAAAAAGAGAACCAACGAAAGGGAAAUUGGGAAAAGGAAAAGCGCAGCAAAAUGAUGUUCACCGGCACCAACCAGCAGCAGGAUACGCGUUUCAGUGACAAGGAGAAGAAGCUAAUGAAACAAAUGAAAUUUGGUGACUGCUUGAGUAAACGUGUGGAUAUGUCCAAGGUUAAAUUGGAUGUGCUACGUCCAUGGAUUAGUAAGAAAAUCACGGAUAUAUUGCACAUUGAAGACGAUGUGGUUGUUGAAUUUGUGUACAAUCAACUGGAGGAGGAGAAAUAUCCAUGCCCCAAGAAGAUGCAAAUUAAUAUGACUGGAUUUCUGAAUGGUCGCAAUGCCCGCCAAUUUAUGGGUGAACUUUGGGCAUUGCUACUCUCAGCCCAGGACAGUGAUUCGGGUAUACCAGCCGAGUUCAUACAACAGAAAAAGGAUGAGAUACUCAAGAGGGAGGAGGAGCAAAAGCAACAACAGCAGCAGCAGCAACAACACCAACAGCAGCAAAAACGUCAACGAGAUCAACGCUCAUUGUCGCGGUCUCGUUCCCGUUCACGCUCAUCCCUGCCGCGGCGUGAACGUCAACGGGAUCAGGCAAACAAAUCCAAGUCACGCUCACCCAAAACAUCGGCCGUAUCCUCAAAUAAUGGUUCCGUACCCAGUGCCGCUCGUGAGGCUGCAGCCAAUGCAGCAGCAAGGAUUAAGAAGCGCGGUGGCAGCUCAUCCACAAACAAUGUCAACACAACAUCAGCCACCACAGCUCCGGCAUCAUCAUCAGCAUCCGGAGCAGCAGGAGGUUCACAACGUCCUGGAUCCAGGGAUCGAGAGCGUGAACGUGAUCGACGUCCGCGUUCACGUUCGCGUCAACGUCAACAGAAAUCUCGCUCCAAUUCCCAUGUUUCCCAUAAGAAGGCCCCAUCUGUGGAGCCGCCAUCAUCUGGUGGUGCAGCUAAAACCUUAAAUGGACGCCAUUCGACUGAGAAAUCCAAGGGCAAAGUCGGCUCAUCCCGUUCGCGCUCUCAUUCCCGAUCCCGUUCCCGUUCGCCGCGUUCACGUUCACCUCGUCGCAGUCGCUCUAGAUCAUUGAGUGGCAAACGUUCCCGUUCACGCAGCUCUUCGGCACGCAGUCGGCGUGGUGGUGGUGGCGGUGGCGGAGGUGGAGGGGGUGGUGGUGGCGGCGGUCGUAGACGUUCUAGCAGCAUAUCCAUUUCACCGGAACGCAAUCAGGAUCAAUUUGAACAUCGUCGCAAUAAAAAUAGUGUUCAAAAUAAGCGUCAAUAUCGCAAUAAUCGCGGUGAUUCGGCCAGUUCAAUGGAACGUGAACGUGGUGGCAACGAUCGUGGUCGUCAAUUUGGUGGUGGUGGCGGGGGAGGUCGCCGUGGCGGCAGUGGUGCCGGCGGCAGACGAUUUUCACCACGCGGACGCAGUCCAAUGCGUCAAGAUAACAAUGGUGGCGGCGGACGCUUUCAACGUUCAAAUUCCCGGCGACGUUCGCGCUCACCACGUCGUCUCUCACGCUCGCCCAUGCGUUAUUCGAGAUCACCAAGGAGAUUCAACAAUCGACGACGCUCGCCAUUAAUGCAUUUCCGUGGAGGUGGUCGCGGUGGUGGGCGUGGCGGCGGUGGUGGCAACAAUCAGCGUCAAAUGUGGCAACACAAUCGUGGAGGAUCGCCCAAUCGUAAUGUCCGCAUACAUUGGCAGUCUAGACAAAGUCCAAAUGGUGGUGGACGAGGUGGCGGCGGUGGUGGUGCUGGUCGUUUUGAUCGUCGUCAAUCACCAGGACAACGUCGCUUCUCUAGAGAUCGACGCUCAUCACCCAUACCGGGUGGCGGCGGAGGAGGAGGAGGUGGCCAGCAGCAAUAUCGUAAAUUUUCACCACGACGAUUCUCGCCACAGCAGCAGCGACGAGGCAAUUCACGCGAUCGUCGGCCCAAUUCACGUGAUCGUCGCAGUUCUCCUGGCGGCGGUGGACCCUUGCCCAAUCGUUGGGAUCGAGAUCAUCACCAUCAUCCGCCGCCAGUUAGUAAUCGUCAUCAAAGGCGGUCCUCAUCGGAAAGCUCAGGCGCUGGUGGAAGAAGACCCACGCAACGCAAGAGUCCCAGUCCAGCGGUUAGACGUGGACGCAGUCGCACCCGUAGUCGUAGCCGUAGCCGCAGUCAUAGCCAUAGCCGUAGUCGUUCCAGCCCGAGGCCCACUCGCAAACAGGAUAGUCCUGCAGAGCGUUCUUCGGUGGAAUUUAGCGGUCCAGCUGUGAGCACCAUUGAUCUCUGUCGGGAGGAUCAACAGCAGCGAAAGUCAAAGGCGGUAGAGGUGGCCGAACAGCAGCCGCUGCAGCAGCAGCAGCCACAGCAAACUGCUGCUCCUACAGCAUCUUCUGGAGGCGGCGCCGUUGGUUCCAUCUUAAAUCGUCGACAAUUCGCCAGCUUGUCCCGCACUCCCUCACCGUUCCUUAAGGAGCAUGAGCGAUUGGCCGCCGGCUCCGUUGCCGCUGUUGCUGUCGCCUCAUCCUCGACUAAAUCGGCACCAAAGAGAAACCGAAAUACAAGUCAAUCGAGCAGCUCGGAUAGCAGUGCCGAUAGUGAUGACAGCGACGAUGAACAACAGCAGCAGCAGCAACGACAAAAAUCGGCGCGACGCAAACAAACAACAUCAACAACAACAACAACUACAGGAUCAGGAACAGCAGCAGGUACAACAGCUGCUCCUCCUCAAUCAAGUGCUGGAUCACAGAAGAAAUUAACUGCUGCUGCUGCGGAUGGAGGCGGACGUCGCAAAUCGAAAACCAAAUCCCAGCGCAGUUCCGGUAGCUCUAGUAGCAGCGAUCAAAGCGGCGAUGAUGAUGAUGAGGAUAACUCUAGCAGUGAUGACAGAUCGAAGCAGAAAAAGAAAAAGGAGGCUCUUAAGGAUAAUAAGCGACGCAUUGAUAUUAAUAAGAAAACGCCAUCCGCAGCGGCAACGGCAGCUACCGAAAUGGAAACCACCACCACCACCACCAAUCGGAAGCGAAGCCAUAAGAGGUCAUUACGUGAUGCCGCAGCCAUCAAUAGUGAUUCAGAUGAUGCACCAUCAGCCGCCUCUGCACCCAAAAAGAAGCGUAAGAAAUCGAAAAAAUCUGUGGAUUUCAGUGAUUCGGAUUCGGACGAUGAGUCGUCGGCAAAGAAAAAGAAGCAUAAGAAACAUAAGAAGCAUAGCAAGAAAAGCAAAAAACAUAAGAAACACAAGAGGAAGAGCAGCGGCGGCGGAGGAGUUGGUGGCAAAAGUCGUUCAGCUGCAACUGGCAAUGAUUCCAGCUCUCAGAAUAGCAGCGAUGAGGAGAAUACAACAACGACCACAUCGAAGCGUAACGGUAAAUUGACAAUGUUACUUGCCGGAGCCGGAGGCAUCAAUGAGGAUCUUGAGAAGCAGCUGCGGGAGCGUGCUUUAAAAUCCAUGAAAAAGUUGGACUGAAUACAGACACUGGACACACAAACACACACACUUUCACUCACACACACACAUACAGA